AAGGCCGGCAGCCAUCAUCCUCAGCCUCAACUCUCCCUUCUGCUGCUCACUCUUCCAUAAGCAUCAUCGUCGGCUACCGCCACCGCCGUCGGCGAUUCAUUCCGCCGCCAUCGUGUUGUGCAGAUCUAUAGUUCCUUGCCAGAUCUAGAUAGAAUUCAGUCAAAGGUGAAGCAUGGACAGAAGUAUAUAAAUAUAUUUUGAUCAUCAGGAUUGUGUGGAGAGAGUUAAGAAAAUGGAGGGAGGCGCAGAAGAAAGGCAGCAGACUAUACUUCUUCAGCCUCACCCCUAUGUCCCAAGGGAUUUGGAUCUGCCAGGUUUCAUCCCCGGUUUUCUUUCCCAGUCCACCAUUGUCAGUGUUUACGGCGUGUCUUCCCUCCUUAUUGUCUCCCUCGUUUGGCUUCUCUCUGGACGGGUGGCAAAAUUAUCCAAGACAGAUAGAUUGCUUAUGUGCUGGUGGAUUUUCACGGGCCUGACCCACAUGAUCCUGGAAGGUUAUUUUGUGUUCUCUCCUGAAUUUUACAAGGAAAAGACUGCCAAUUACCUAGCAGAAGUUUGGAAGGAAUACAGCAAAGGUGAUUCAAGAUAUGCAGCAAGAGAUUCUGGAGUUGUUGCUGUCGAAGGAAUAACUGCUGUUAUAGAGGGUCCGGCUUGUCUCCUAGCAGUGUAUGCCAUUGCCAGAAGAAAGUCAUACAGCUACAUUCUUCAACUGGCAAUUUCUCUAGGGCAGCUCUACGGGACUGCUGUGUAUUUCGUAACUUCUUAUCUGGAAGGGGAUAAAUAUGCUGCAAGUUUAUAUUACUACUGUGCCUAUUACAUCAUAGCAAAUGCUUCUUGGGUUGUAAUUCCAACACUGAUAACCAUAAGGUGCUGGAAGAAGAUAUGUGCAGCAGUUCAUGUCCAACAAAAUGGGAGAAAGACCAAAGCUCACUAAGGUGGAAUGAAUGUUUUAUUUUAUCGUAGUCGACGAGGUGAAGGACUUUAUACAUUGUUAUUGCAUUUGUCUUUCAUUGGAAAUGGAAAAUUUGGAUAAUUUGAGAUUGUUUA